CUAUGGCGGGCAGUUCCAAAGCCGUCUGGCCGGAUACACUGGACAGGAGCCAAUUUGACGAGCUCGUUGCUUCAUACAAGCCUCUCAUAGCAACCAUCUCGAAGGUUAAGGAUGCGAAGCCCAGCCAAAAGUCAUUAGAGGAAUUAGAUCGAUUUCGCUAUGCCGAAGCUCCAUCCCUGUUUUCCCAGAAUCAUCCUAAGCGGGCCAUGAGCCACGAGGACGUCAAAGUCCUGGUGGACUGGAAGUUGCGGCAUGGCAGAUUUCGACCAACCCUCAUGAAGCUGGUUUCCUCCAAUGACCCAGAGAAUGUUGAAGAGACCAUCAAACAAGGAAUCGAUAUUUACCGAGACGAGUCGGACGCAUCCAAGAGCCUCAAGAUGCUGACCAAGUUGAAAGGCAUCGGGCCGGCUACCGCAUCACUUCUCUUAGCCGUGCAUUUUCCAGACGAGGUCCCCUUCUUCUCCGACGAGUCGUAUUACUGGCUCUGUAACAAGGGUCAACAGGGCCCGCUGAAGUACAACAUGAAGGAGUACGAAACUCUCAUCUCAUCAGCUCGCAAGUUGAUGAAGCGGCUCGGCGUCGCAGCUAUCGACGUGGAAAGGGCCUCCUAUGUUGCAAUGAAAGGAGACGGAAAGCCUGUGGCAGUUGGACCUGCUGCAUCGACGAAAUCCAAGCUGAACGCUGGUUCCUCAGGCACCGGCCCGUCGUCUGCAAAGCGGAAAACGAUGUCUAAAGAUGAUGAGGCGACAGAACCCCAAGAAGCCCUUCCCCUCAGGCGGUCAAAACGCGGCAGAGGUCUCACUUCCGAUGCGUAACGAAGAAAGUGUCUUCAAGGUCUCUGAGCUCACGGUAAUGUUGGGAGACGAACCUGCUGCCCCCACUUCUCGUAAUGACAGGGCAAGGAAGCUGGUCAUAAUUAAUAGCCAGUGGUGAUAUUUUGGGGAGUCAUGUAAUUACUUUCACCAUUAGU